CUCGCUCUCUCGCUCACCCCCCUCUCACGCCCUCCGUGUCACUCAACCGGUCGGUCCGGUACCUGAAGGCUUUUAAACGCGGCUGCCGCUGUUGGUGCAUCGCCCAACAGCAGCGGCUGCCUCGCCUCUGAUGCGCUCUGCUCGCAAACCGCACAACGACAACAACCACCACAACCACCACCACAACCACAGCAGCACAACAACAUCGCUGCCGGUGUCCCUCGCCGUCUCCCGCUGCCUCCGUCGAUCCGUGACCCGGCCGCCGUAACAGCGAUCGCCUUUACUCGGCAGCAGCAGCAGCAGUAACAACAACAGCAGCAGUAACAACAUCAGCAGUAGCAGCAACAGCAGUAGUAGUAGUAGCAGCAGCAGUAGCAGUAACAACAACAGCAGCGGUAACAACAGCAGCAGUAGCAGCAACAGCAGUAGUAGCAGCAGUAACAACAACAGCAGCAGCAGCAUCAACAGCAGCAGUAACAUCAGCGACAGUAGGAGCAGCAGCAGCAGCAGGGAGAGUCGUUACCGGCUGGGCGGACUAGAAUAGCCUCGCCUGCAGCUGUUAGCGCUGCUGCUGCUGUUGGCGGUGGUGGUGUUGUUGUUGGUGGUGGUGGUGGUGUUGUUGUUGUUGGUGGUGCAAACACCGCCCAGCGAUGGAUCCCGCGAAGGAUGAGGAGCAGCAGCAGCAGGAGGAGGAUGAGAGCGACGUGAUGGGAGCUGCCGUUGUAACUCGCCAGUCGCAGGACGAUGGCGAUCACGCUGAAGAUGGUGGUGGUGGUGGUGAUGAUGGUGACGACGGUGGUGAUGGUGAUGAUGGUGGUAGCGAUGGUGAUGAUGGUGGUAGCGAUGAUGAUGAUGACGACGAAGAUGAAGAGGCCGAUGAUGGCGAUGAUGGCGAUGCUGGAGUUGACGAGGGCGAUGCUGGCGAGGCUUCGACAGCGGCGGUGGGAAAAGAUGUGCAGCCUCACCGACUGUGUGACCCCGACGUGGCGGGAGAGAGUCGCACCCUGGAGGAGAGUUGCCGAGGUGUCGGGGUGGAGAGUCUGCACCUGGGAGAGAGUCGCACCCUGGAGGAGAGUCGCCGAGGCGUCGGGGUGGAGAGUCUGCACCUGGGAGAGAGUCGCACCCUGGAGGAGGCGAGUCGUGGUUUGGGGGAGCGCCAAGCUGGGGGGGAGAGUGCCGUGCGCUCUCACCGCAGAGUAGAGAGCUUGAAUCUGGAGGAGGAGUGGCAAGACGAAGACUUCCCCAGCCCCAUCAGCCUGCUGGGCCCGGAGCCACACGGCGCCCUCGAGGUCCAGGAGGAGGGGAGACCCGCCGUGCCGUCGUCGCUGCCGCUCUCCUCCGCUCCGCGUCCGUCCAGACGGAAGCUGACGGCUCCGGACAUCAGCCUCUCGCUGGACCGCGCUGACGACGACGACGACGACGACGACGACGACGACGACGAGGACCUGGAGGACGACAUCCCGGACAUCGACGUGGACGCGCUGGAGACGCCGGACGACGCCGAGUCGCUCGACGCCGCGGGACCCACGGGGGAUCUCGAGUGGGAGGACGACACGCCGCUGCGGAGGGCGCCGCUGCCGGAGCUGAGCGGGGCGGAGGAGCAGGAGGACGCGCUGGGCUGGCGCCGCGUGCUGCUGGGCGACACGGAGCACCGCGUGGACCUGCGCGCCGUCGAGCCCUACAAGCGCGUGCUGUCACACGGGGGCUACUAUGGCGAUGGGCUGAACGCGAUCAUCGUGUUCGCUGCGUGCUACCUGCCAGACGGGAAGGACCCGGAGUACGCUUACAUCAUGGAGAACCUCUUCCUGUACAUGGUGAGCACGCUGGACCGCCUCGUGGCCGAGGACUACAUGAUCGUCUACCUCAACGGCGCCACGCCGCGACGGCGCACGCCGGGCCUGGGCUGGCUCAAGCGCUGCUACACCAUGAUCGACCGCAGGCUGCGGAAGAACCUCAAGGCGCUGGUCAUCGUCCACCCGUCGUUCUUUGUGAGGACCCUGCUGGCGUUGACGAGGCCCUUCAUCAGCUCCAAGUUCAGCCGCAAGGUCCGCUACGUGCACUCGCUGGCGGAGCUCGCGGAGGUCAUCCCCAUGGAGCACGUGUCCAUCCCGGACUGCAUCCAGCAAGUGGACGAGGAGCUGCUGCUCGCCGCGGCCGAGGCUCGGGAGGAAUUGGACAUGCAAAGAAGACAGCAUGAAUCUGACAACACCCCGUGGUACACAUGAACACACGCACAUGAACCAAGACAUACACACACACAUACUCAAACACAACAACAACAACCGCCAUUUGCCACUAAAUGGCAGUGACGUCACCGCGGCGCUUGUGCCAGGCUAUGUGCACACAAACACGCAGAUAAACACGCAUACAUAAACG